UCGAUCUCAUGAUCAUUUGGACAGAAAAUCUGUAUCAAUUUAAAUCUUUACCGUAUAAGGGCCCGUAUUUGAAUGGUUACAUAUACCAAUAUUCGUAAUUUUCUAAUGAAAAAAUGGCAAGAUCAAAUAAAAAAUAACCCUAGCAAAAGCUAGCCGCCCCUGUGCUCUGAUUGUGAUUAUUGAGGACAAACUUUGAGGUUGUCCUUUGAUGACAUUGAAAGCUCUCCACCACUUGAAGCGCCACUGCAGCUUCCUCUCCACCACCACCACCACCACCAUUGGACCACCAACAACAGAAUCCCAGAUCCUUCAACACUGCAGAGAUGCCUCACUCUCCAAAGCCCUCACUCUCCUCAACAAAACCCACAACAUCUCCUCUUCCCAUAAAUCUAUCAUCUAUGCCUCUCUCCUCCAAACCUCCACUAAGACCCACUCCUUCCUCCACGGCACCGUCCUCCACUGCCACGUCAUCAAGUCCGGCCUCGACACCGACCGCUUCGUCGGCAACAGCCUCCUCGCCCUCUACUUCAAGCUCGCCCCACUCUUCUACCAAGCCCGCCGGAUCUUCGACGGGCUUCUCUUCAAGGAUGUCAUUUCAUGGACUUCCAUAAUCUCAGGCUAUAUUCAUGUGGGUGAUCCCAAAAACUCACUUAUGUUGUUCUCUCAGAUGGUGGGCCUUGAAGGCCUUCAGCCUAAUGCCUUCACACUUUCUUCUGUUAUCAAGGCCUGCUCUGAACUUGGGUUCUUGAGGCUCGGAAGGUGCUUCCAUGGGGUUGUUGUGAGCCGUGGGUUCGACUCAAAUCGAGUGGUUUCUAGUGCGUUGAUUGAUAUGUAUGGGAGGAAUUUUGGUGUGGAGGAUGCACGCAAGAUGUUUGAUGAAUUGCUUGAACCGGAUACUGUGUGCUGGACAUCAGUUAUUUCAGCGCUUACAAGGAGUGAUAGGUUUAAGGAGGCUGUGGAGUUGUUCUAUAGGAUUCAUAGAGGUUGCGGGUUGGCGCCGGAUGGUUUUACCUUCGGGACAUUGUUGGCUGCUUGUGGUAACUUGGGGUGGCUGAGACAGGGGAGAGAGGUGCAUGCUAAGGUUGUUACUUCUGGGAUAUGUGGGAAUGUGGUUGUUGAGAGUAGUCUUUUGGAUAUGUAUGGUAAGUGCGGUUCGGUUGGCCAGUCUAGGAUUGUUUUUGAUAGGAUGAGCAAUAAGAAUUCGGUGUCAUGGACUGCUAUGCUCGGCACGUAUUGUCAUAAUCAAGAGUAUGAGACUGUGCUCAAUCUUGUUAGGGAGAGUGGGAUUGUGGAUAUUUACAGCUUCGGGACUAUUCUUCGCGCGUGUUCGGGACUGGCUGCUGCGAGACAGGGAAAAGAGGUUCAUUGUAUGUAUGUGAGGAAGGGUGGUUGGAGAGACAUUAUAGUGGAGUCAGCCUUGGUUGAUCUAUAUGCAAAAUGUGGGUGCGUUGAUUUUGCGUAUAGGUUGUUCUUGAGUAUGCAAGUUCGAAAUCUGAUAACAUGGAACUCAAUGAUUGGCGGGUUUGCACAGAAUGGAAAAGGGAUGGUAGCAUUGGCCUUGUUUGAGGAUAUGAUCAAAGGAGGGAUGCAGCCUGAUUAUAUCACUUUUAUUAAUGUUCUCUUUGCUUGCAGUCAUACUGGUUUGGUUAACGAAGGGAGAGAAUAUUUUACUUUAAUGACAAAGAAAUAUGAGAUUCAGCCUGGAGUUGAGCAUUACAAUUGCAUGAUUGAUCUUCUAGGUCGUGCCGAACUGAUAGAGGAGGCUGAGACUUUGUUGGAAAAUUCGGAUUGUAGAGAUGAUCAGUCACUUUGGGCAGUGCUUCUUGGAGCUUGCACUAGGUGCUCAGACUAUAUCACUGCAGAACGCAUCGCCAAAAAGAUGAUUGAGCUGCAACCAGGGUUCCAUUUAAGUUAUGUUCUGCUUGGUAACAUUUAUAGAACAGUUGGUAGGUGGAAUGAUGCUCUAGCAAUCAGGAAGUUAAUGGAGGAUAGAGGGGUUAGGAAGAUGCCUGGCAAGAGCUGGAUUGAAAGCGAGGAUCAAAAGGGAUCUCAUUUUGAUCUGGCUAACAUGAGCAUUGCUGGGAAAAGCAGUACUUAUAGCAUGGAAGGAUGGAUCAAUUAACAUCAUGAACUUUUUUAAUCUCAGUUCAAUGAAAGUUGAUGAGCUAGGACUUACCCUUUUGGUGGUUUUGAGCUAACGAGAUUGUAGCACCAGCUUCGUAUGGAUGGCAUAUGGAAUUUCAAAAGAUCCUCUGAUGACAAUGGUUUGUCUCCAACUUUAACGGCUGUAUAACAAUUAACAAACGGGUCGCACUAUGGAAACAAUUGUCAGCAUGGCAAUUGCUGGUGCAAUCGUUGGAGCAGCGGUAGGUGGUUGGAUGAAUGAUGCCUUUGGACGAAAGAAGGCCACCCUCUUUGCUGACAUUAUAUUUACUCUUGGAGCCAUUCUCAUGGCCGCUGCACCUGAUCCUUAUGUGCUCAUACUCGGGCGUCUUCUCGUUGGCUUGGGUGUUGGUGUUGCUUCUGUUACUGGUCCUGUCUACAUUGCAGAAGCAUCACCGUCUGAAAUAAAAGGAUCUUUGGUAAGCACAAAUGUGCUCAUGAUCUCUGGUGGAGAGCUUUCAAUGUCAUCAAAGGACAACCUCAAAGUUUGUCCUCAUUCAUCACAAUCAGAGCACAGGGACUGCUAGCCCUUGUCUAGGGUUAUUCUUAUUUGAUUUUGCCAUUUUUCAUUAGAAAAUUACGAAUAUUGGUAUAUUUAGUAGUAGAGUUAUUCUUCGCAUACAAGCGAUUAAAGCUUGUAAACCUUACAAGUUCAAUUAAAACUAACUUAAAACGCGUUUUGAAUCA